CCAAAUCUAAGUUCCUGAACUAUUGACCUGUAACCACUAAACUCCAGUUUACGGUAAUAUAUCAUUACAUGUCAAAUUCGUCGUCUUGAACCAAACAACAUGCAGAAAGAAGAUGCAGAUAAAAGGGUAUAUAAGGGUGAAGACUACAACACCGCAUUUGACCCGGAAGUGUACCUGUCAGCAUACGUCAGUGACGUCACAGGACAUGCUGACGAAGGCGACCACAUGAAGUUUAUGAUGGAUUCUCUUCAUCGAAUAUUUUCUGACGGUAAGCUACGUGGACGACGUCUUCUCGACGUGGGGACGGGGCCCACCAUCCACACCGUCAUCAGCGCCGGCAAACACGUGGACGAGAUCUACCUCAGCGACUUCUCCAAACCCAACAGGGACGUCCUGCAGGACUGGAAGAAUGGAAGGUUGACUCACAGCUUUGAGAAGUUUUUCAAGUACAUCGUCCAAAAAGAAGGGAACAG